UUUUCGAGAAAAGGUCCCAUCCUUCAAUAUCAUGAUUGGGUCGACCAGGCCAGAUCAUGAGUGAAUAGAAAAUUGAAUACGUACAUAGCUGUUCCAGCUGAAAUACUUGGAAUAAUUCUACCACUUGUACUAGGAGUAGCCUUUUUAGUGCUAGUUGAACAUAAAGUAAUGGCUUUUAUGCAACGUCGAAAGGUUCCUGAUAUAGUGGGAUUGUUCGGAUUGUUACAACCUCUAGCAGAUGGUUUAAAAUUGAUUCUAAAAGAACCUAUUUCACCAAGUAGUGCUAAUUUCUCCCUUUUUAGAAUGGAUUUAGUGGCUACAUUUAUGUUAAGUUUGGUCACUCGGGCCGUUGUACCUUUUGAUUAUGGUAUGGUAUUGUCAGAUUCGAACAUAGGGCUACUUUAUUUGUUUGCCAUAUCUUCGUUAGGUGUUUAUGGAAUUAUUACAGCAAGUUGGUCUAGUAAUGGGCGGUUGUUCGGUCGCCUAUGA